CAGCGACGCCACUCGCGCCUGCGCAGUAGCUCAGAGCUUUGUUGUUUCAUGUCAGGAUGGCGCUUAGCAAGACGUUUGGACAGAAACCGGUGAAGUUCCAGCUCGAGGAGGAUGGAGACUUCUACAUGAUCGGCUCGGAGGUGGGAAACUACCUCCGUAUGUUCAGAGGCUCUCUGUAUAAACGAUACCCUUCAUUAUGGAGGAAACUGGCGUCCGUAGAGGAGAGGAAGAAGAUCGUGGAGUCAUCACACGAUCACGGUUACACCCAGCUGGCCACCAGCGUGACUCUGCUGAAGGCCUCCGAGGUCGAGGAGAUCCUGGAAGGAAACGAUGAGAAGUACAAAGCCAUCUCCAUCAGCACGGAGCCGCCCGCCUACCUCAGGGAACAGAAGGCGAAGAGGAACAGUCAGUGGGUUCCCACGCUGCCCAACAGCUCUCACCACCUGGACGCCGUGCCGUGCUCCACCACCAUCAACCGCAGCCGCCUGGGCCGGGACAAGAAGAGGACCUUCCCCCUGUGCUUCGACGACCACGAUCCAGCUGUGAUCCACGAAAACGCCUCUCAGUCCGAAGUCCUGGUCCCGAUCCGCCUGGACAUGGAGAUCGAGGGACAGAAGCUCCGAGACGCUUUCACCUGGAACAUGAACGAGAAGCUGAUGACGCCCGAGAUGUUCGCUGAGAUCCUCUGCGACGACCUGGACCUCAACCCGCUGGCCUUCGUCCCCGCCAUCGCCUCGGCCAUCCGGCAGCAGAUCGAGUCGUACCCGACGGACAGCAUCCUGGAGGACCAGGCGGACCAGAGGGUCAUCAUCAAGCUCAACAUCCACGUGGGGAACAUCUCUCUGGUGGAUCAGUUCGAGUGGGACAUGUCGGAGCGGGAGAACUCUCCGGAGAAGUUCGCUCUGAAGCUCUGCUCCGAGCUCGGCCUCGGGGGAGAGUUCGUCACAACCAUCGCUUACAGCAUCCGGGGUCAGCUGAGCUGGCACCAGAGGACGUACGCCUUCAGUGAGAACCCGCUGCCCACCGUGGAGAUCGCCAUCAGGAACACAGGCGACGCAGACCAGUGGUGCCCCCUGCUGGAGACGCUGACAGACGCAGAGAUGGAGAAGAAGAUCAGGGAUCAGGACAGAAACACGAGGCGAAUGAGGCGACUGGCGAACACGGCGCCUGCCUGGUAGAAGCAGCGUCUGCAGCGCCCCCUGCAGGCUCGGUGCUCGUCUGACUGAGACACGAAGCUGUCCACGUCAUCAACUGGUCACCAUCUCUGUGCGACGACGUCCUCUCUGCUCAUCGGGCUCUCAGUCUGUCGUUCACCGAGUGUUUUUUAUUUUAUUUUAAUGUUAAUAUGACGAUCAGUUUGAAAAGGCCCCGCCCCCUCCCUCCUUCAGUAGAUCAGGCUCCUCCCCCUUUCGUUGUGUUUCCCUCCCGAGCCUCGGCGUGGAUCUGCUCCCUCGCUCUGACCACUGACUCUGUAAUGACCACAGAGGGAGAGACCCACCGCCGGGCUCAGAUAAUAUAUGGUUCUGUUGUAUUUGUUGUCUUUUUGUACAUUUUAAUAAUUCUUACAAAAUAAAAAAAAAUGUGAAGAGUC